AAUAUAGAGUUAGAAGUACCCUAUCAAAUUAAUAGGCUAUCAGAUUGUUUUAAGAAUAAUCUUAUUGAUUAUUCUACGUUGGUAGACCACUUAAAUAGAUUAAUUGGUACUGAAAAGGCCAAAUACUAUUUAAAUGUUAUUAAAGAAAGUCCAGAAAUUCCACAACUAUCAAAAGAAUUCAAUUUAGAAACAAUUUUAAAGAGAACGGAUGAAUUGUUAAAUGAAUAUAAUAAAAUUAAUAGUCAAAUAAUAUCUCAAGAACAAUUAAUUGAAAAUUAUCAUAAAAACAAAUCAAAUCCUGAAAAUCACCACUGCAAUGAAUCUUAUAUAAAUAACUAUACAUCAAACCAUAUUAAUAAUACUGUAAAUAAAAAUAAAAAUAAUAAUAAUUUAAAUAACAAUAAUAAUAAUAAUAAUAAUCAAGAUUUAAAAAAAUGUAAUUGUAAAGAAUUAUUUGGUAAAGAUAUAUUUCCCUUCGAUUUAAUGGAAUUUUUAAGCAAGCAUGGUGACCAUUCUUUGACAGAUUAUUGCACUGAAUCUUGUAUAUAUCUAAUUGUUAAAAAGUAUCAAGAUGUUAUUGAAUAUGCAAAUAAUAAAAUAUUUUUUUUAAGAGCCUUAAAACCAAUGUCUCCAUCUGGAUAUUUUAAAAGUGCAGAUAAUGUGGGUUUUAUAGAAUUUAAUCAAUACAUGGAAAAUCUUUUACAUCCAAUUAGUCCAAUGCAUAAAAAAGUUGAAGAUGCCAUUAAAUUCAAGAUACACAACAAAAAGCUUACUGUAAAUAAGGACUCUGUUCAAAAUAUUCCAUAUGGUUUCUGGCUCCACAAUAACAAUAUAUUAUAUGAAAUUACUAAAGAUACUCCAAUUAAAUAA